AUGAACUUUGUCCCCAGGUUUAAGCCAACUACGCAUAUGCGCCGGCCCGUACUUAGGGCUUUGGUAGAAUGCGGUGUCACGAACAACCCCUCUGUUGGCUUUCGGAUAUGUGAGCAAAAUGUAGUAUUUAAUGGCCCAUUUGCCGACGAGGAGGCGGUUUUUAGGUUUGAUUCACUUCACCACUAUUCUACUAGGGACCUAGAAGAUAAAAGUCCGGUAGUGGAUGUGUUGAAAGACCACUGUCGCAUUGAUACCUCGACUGCUGGUGCCGCACACAGUCCAUUGUUUCUAUUCCAUGGACCCUUUCUUUCCUCCACAGCUACAAUAUUUAUACAUACUGUAGAGCGCGCACUGUGUGAGCUGGCUCAUAGCCACCUUCUGCUUGGAGCGGACAUGAGGCUUGUCCGCGUAUACUCAUGGGGCGCCGCGGAUGUGAUAGCAAAAAGGAUUAUUGAGCAGUCUCGGUACAGGCCUCCAAGAUAUUCAGGCUCCUUUGCUGACAGCAUCGACUGCUCUGAGCGACUCCAAAUUUGCUUUGAGCACCUUGAGCAGGAGCUGCUUCGUGUGCGGGGUCUCCUUCGCGAUGCACUCAUCGUCCCAGAGGGCCAUUGCGCUAUCAUCUGCGUCAUCAGCACGAUCGAGUAUCGUGUUGAAAGAGCUCACACACUUCACCUUUACCUCCUUCCACCACUGCGGAGCGCCAGCCGUCUACUCAAGAAAGAUCUUUGGACACUACGGAGUGCCUGGUGCGAGUCGCCGAGGCCACCAUCGUUGACGGCGACUAAUAUCAGCCUAGCUCGUUUCUUGAUGGAAGGCAAUUCCAAGAAUACCAUUCAUGUCUUUACUGUUUUAGGCUCGACAUCUGUCCAGAACGCUAUGCAAGAUUUUCAUUUGCAGUGUUGCUAUGGCUGCCGGAUACCAUCCGACAUGCUAGAAAAGUAUUGCUACUCUCCAUUGGUAUCUUUGUGCUCGGCUCUCGAAUUGCAGCCACAGACUAUCUCUGUGAGGAAUAACUGCACAGUUUCAGGUAGCCAUACCGUGGCAGACGCAACUGCGAGAAGAUUAGCAUUAUCAGUAUCUAAUAGUGUGGAUGGGCAUAGCGAUCCAUCCAAGAAACCUAUACCUAUCGACAAUUCCUUUCCUGGCGUGGGGCCGAUCCAGGGCAUCUUGAAAAGUCAUCCGUGGAACACUAGAACCACGGUUUCUAUGGAGGAGGUUCCUGACCACUAUUCUAUCAGCGAACCAGAGGGCUCUAAAGAAAGGUUGCCUGAUGAGAUGAAGGCACUUCAGGAGGAUGUGCAACACCUGGAGCAGUAUAAGAUGCAACUCGAAAACGCCGUUGGAUUGAUAUUUGAGUCACUAAAGGACGUCACUGAUGACCUUGCGGUUGAAGAGAGCGCGAUGUUGACAGAGAUUGAGCGAGCCGCUUCAAUACUUGGGCUUGCGGAGGCGUCGUCACGUGCGCAGGAGCAACAGAUACUCUCGCGUCUGACUGCGCUAUUGAGCAACUCUAGAAUUUCAUGUGGCUCUGUGAAGAGUGACCAAGUUGUGCUUUAG